UAUAAAUCAACAUAAUUAAGGUGGGGUAGAAGUGGAACUCUCUAAUCUCUAUCUAUGGCCAGUAGUCAAAGCUUUCAUCAAGCAUACAACAAAAAUAAAAGAUGGGUUUCAACUUCAGCCUUAUUCUCCUUCAUCUUUUUGCUUUUAUUUGCUCUAAGCACUUUCAUCAUCCAUUGGAUUGACCUUUCCAAAGUAACAAGCACUACUAUUUUCAAGACAAUAGAAGUCUUAAACAACAUUAAACAACAACCUCAAUUCCCACUAAAUUGCAACAAUGAAACCUCAAACUCAACUUGUCCAUUUUCCUACCCAACAACAUUCCAUCUCAAUGAUGAUUCACCAUCCUCAUCAUGUCCAAAUUACUUCAAAUGGAUCCAUGAAGAUCUUAAGCCAUGGGAGAAAACAGGAAUCACAAGAGAAAUGGUUGAAAGUGGAAAAAACAUGUCACAUUUUAGGCUUGUGGUUGUGAAUGGAAAAGCAUACAUAGAUAAAUUUGCAAAAUCUUAUCAAACAAGGGAUGUGUUCACAAUAUGGGGAAUUUUACAACUUUUAAGGUUAUACCCUGGAAAAAUACCUGAUUUGGAGCUAAUGUUUCAAUGUGGUGAUAAAAAUGUGGUGGACAAGAAAAAAUUUCAAGGGCCAGAAAAUGUGUCACCUCCACCUAUUUUUCAUUAUUGUGGAGAUGAAGAUACACUUGACAUUGUUUUUCCUGAUUGGACCUUCUGGGGUUGGGCUGAGCUCCACAUAAGACCAUGGGAAACAACAUUGCGCAAUAUACAAGAAGGCAACAAGAAUGUCAAAUGGAAGGAUAGAACACCUUAUGCAUUUUGGAAGGGAAAUCCAGCAGUAUCUCCCAUUAGAAAAGAACUCGAAAAGUGUAACGCCUCCGAAGAACAUGAUUGGAAUGCUCGAAUAUAUGACAUUCAAUGGCAAAAGGAGAGAUCGAAAAAUUUCCAAGACACAAAAUUGGAAAAUCAAUGUACCUAUAGGUACAAGAUUUAUGCAGAAGGGGCAACAUGGUCUGUGAGUGAAAAGUACAUAAUAGCAUGUGACUCCAUGACUAUGUUCAUAGAGCCUAAGUACUAUGAUUUCUUUACAAGAAGCUUGAUACCUUUGCAGCACUAUUGGCCUAUCAGUGCCAAAAACAUGUGUGAAGAGAUUAAGUUUGCAGUGGAUUGGGGGAAUGCUCACCUUGACAAAGCACAAAAAAUUGGAGAAGGAGGAACCAACUACAUCAUAGAUAACUUAAAGAUGAAGUUUGUUUAUGAUUACAUGUUUCACCUAUUAAAUAGCUAUGCUAAGCUUUUGAGAUUCAAACCAAAAAUACCAGAAGGAGCAGUUGAGGUUUGUUCUGAAAGUAUGGCAUGUUCUUUGCGUGGUGCAAGGAAACAUUUCAUGGUUGAGGGCAUGGUGAUUUCACCAAGUGAUACUCCUCCAUGCACAAUGCCUUCUCCUUAUACAACUCAAACUCUUCAUCAAUUUCUACAGGAAAAGGAGAAUUUAAUAGGGCAAGUGAAGACAAGGGCAAUGAAUAAAGAGUUAUAGUGGCAUUUGUUGUAGAUGUAGAUAUAGUUCACACACACACACAUACACUCAAGCAAACAUGCAUGUCAUUUUAAUUAAUAAUCAGUCUUACUGGAACAAAUGAAGCAUGUUAAAGUGUAAUUGAAAAAUUUCUUAAUUGGAAGAGUAUUUUUUUUGUUAAGUAAAGAAUCCUUUAACUACAUUUUGUAAAUUUAGAUUGCUACAUCAAUAAAGAACAGAGUUGGCAACUUCA